GAGCGGUGACAGAGGGAAGAGUGGGAGGGGCGACUGAGGGGAGGGUGAAGAAGGAGCAGCUGGGUAAUAGAACGAUGCAAGGGAGCAGUGGGAAGGAGGGAGGGAGCGUGCAGCUGCAAGGUACAUUGAAUCUGGACGUGCUGCAAGCAACCCUGUUUCCAAGGGCCAUGGAGGAGGGCGUGUGGCCGGAAGGCUACACCAUUUCUGACCAUGCUGUGCUCACUCGCCACCGGCGGGUCGUCGCGACGGACGACGCGGAUGGUGGCGCGAAGGCGACUCCAUCGAACAGCCUGGGCGUCAAGUACGGCAGUGGCUAUAACUCCGCCGCCCCAUACGUCGCCGCUGGCGUGACGGCGAUUACCAUUCCGCCCGACGUCGGCGCUCCGCAGCUGGCGCUGAGAUCCCCGCACGCUGGCGCAAAGUUUUGGCGCAAGGUGCUGCGGUCGCCGGGCUUUAAGGACAUGGCGCGGAAGAAAGCGGCGCAGCAGCGGAGCAUGUCGUUCCAGCAGUUCGACCUGCUACAGUUAACUCGCGCUACAAGGAACUUCAGUAAGCAGAACUUUAUCGGAAAAGGAAGCACGUCCGAGGUUUACCGAGGCGCGGGGCCGAACGGAGCGCAGUGGGCGGUUAAAAGAUCCGUUUGGCGGCCCGGGGGCGGGGAUAACGGCGGCAUGCUGACGUUUCGCCCGGCAAACCCGGCGGCUUACGCGGAGCUAGAAGCGGAUUUUAUCUUCGGCGCGAAGUCUAUGGCGGUACUAUGCCAUCAGAAUGUGAUUCAACUGCUGGGUUACUGUUUCGAGUGCGGCGAGAGGGUGCUUAUAUACGAGUUCGUGGGCGGGCCGAGUUUGGAGUCGAUGAUUUUCGGGAAUACCGACGUGUGGAAGGAGAAGAUUACGAUGUGGCGAAGGGGUUCGCGAAACGCUCGCGCGCUCAAGGACCUCGGGGUUGUCGCGGAGGGCGAGGAGGAAGGAAUACCGUUCGAUUUCAUGCACCGGCUGCUGAUCGCCGUUGAUAUUGCCGAGGCGGUCGCGUACCUGCACACGGAGUUCCCUAGGCCGUAUUUACUUGAGGGGUUGCACCCGAAAAACAUUAUUUUCGAUACGAACGGCGUUCCCAAGGUGGGCAACAUCGGGCGGAUGAAAGUUUUGAUGACCCGAGACAUCACUGGCGGCUUGAGCAUGCUGGGCGGGUUACCACACGCGCCGACGCUCGCAAUCAGUGGUUACAUCGACCCCAGUUUUAACAUAACAAGGAAAUCGUCGCCACCCAAUGACGUGUACGCGUUUGGCGUUAUCCUCCUGCAGAUAUUCACCGGCCGCCCAGCCGUGAUUGAGAACGAGCCAGGCGAAACUACUGCGAAGUUGGACCUAGGCACGUGGGUCUCGAAGCGCCUUAGAAAGGUUGCAGAGCGUCUAUUGGCUAUUCAUGAGGAGUUGGUUAAGGAGGGUGGGGUGGUGGUGGUGGAUAUUCCCGAACCUGAGCCCGAGGCUGGGGACUUCGUGGUUGGGGAGGAGGAGGGGGGGAAGGUGAGUGGAGGAGGAGAGAAGUUGGGGGAGGGGAUGGCGGAGGCCAGUGGGGAGGUGAUGCGGGAGGGGGUGGUGGAGGUUAGUAGGGAGGAGAUGGGGGAGGGGGCGACAGAUGUUAGUGGGGAGGCGAUGAGGGAGGGGGUGGUGGAGGAUAGUAGGGAGGAAAAGGGGAAGGGGGGGACGGAUGUUAGUGGGGAGGAGAUGGGAGAAGCUACAGGGAAGGCGGAGAGAGAAGGGGGAAGUGAGCAAGAGAGUGAAGUGAGGAUCAGAAAGGAAGACGCAGGGGAGAAGGGAAGUGUGGGAGGUGCGGGAGAUAGCAGCGAGGAAGGGAGGGGGGUUGAGAAAGCUGAAGAUCAGAAGAAGGGGAAGAAGGGGAAGAAGGAAAAGAGGGAGAAGAAGGAUAAAGAGAAGAAACGGAAGGAGGACGAGCAAGCAGACAGGGAGCAAGUGGAGUUCGCGUCGCCUCGCUAUCUCUCCCCUCCCAUCCCGCACGCCUUUCUCUCCAAUCACCCGUCUUCUCUCCCGUCGCCCCUCCCCUCCCAUCGUCUUUCCUCUCCCGUCGCCUUUCCUCUCCCUUCGCCUUUCCUCUCCCGUUGCCCUUCCUCUCCCGUCGCUUUCCUCUCCCGCCGCCCUUCCUUCUCUCCCGUCGCCCUUCUCCCGUCGCCCUUCCUACUCUCCCGUCGCCCUUCUGACUCUCCCGUCGGCUUUCUCUCCCGUCGCCCUUCCUACUCUCCCGUCGCCCUUCCUACUCUCCCGUCGUCUUUCUAUCCCGUCGCCCUUCCUACUCUCCCGUCGCCCUUCAUCUCUCCCCUCGCUGGAUCCUCUCUCCCGUCGCCUAUUCUCUCUCCCGUCGCCUAUUCUCUCUCCCGUCGCUCUUCCUCUCUUCCGUCGCCCUUCAUCUCUCCCGCCCCAUCACCCACAUCGGCGCCUUCGCGCUCGCCCCGAAAUGCCUGCCCGUCGCCCCGUCGCCCCGUGAUCGUCGGCCCCUCUCGCUUUUCCCUCGCAGCGUCACUCUCCCCGUCACAUAUGCCCUCGCUUUUUUCGUCGCUCCUCGCGGCACCCUCAUCGCCGCCUUCCCAUUACCUAGCUCGUUGCCCUCUCUCUCCCCAUCACCCUUUUUCUCUCAGUUCGUAUCACCCCUCUUAUCACCCUCACACUCUUCCCUCACAUCGUCCGUCACCAUCGCAUCACCCUUUCUCUCUCCCCCCACAUCACCCUCCUCGUCGCCGUCCCCCUCGCCUCAAAUCGCCCUUCCUCUCACCCUUAGCAUCACCCACGUCGUAG